UGCAUUUCGAGGACGCACGCCGAGUGGAGAGUACCGUCGCGGAUCAACGUCAUGGGACGGACACCGAUUGCACCAUCCCCAUGCAAACAUCACCGAAACGAGUUAUACGCCUGCCGGCGAAACUUCGUGAUUACGGGGAUGAUAAUGUACCAACAAGAAAAAAACGCUGCAACGCUCCUGCAUCUGCAAGCUAUGGGAGUUUUCCUGAUUUCUCGUUGGAGGAGUUGGCGCGGCAUACCAUGCCUCCUCAGAAUGCUGAUGACGUCCAGGAGGAUUCCCACAUGCGUGGAUGUAAUGAAGUAUCCGUUCAAACGGAGGGUAUCAAAUGCU